AUGACAUAUAACCUGCAGAAAAGAAAGAGAAAGAAACUACAGCACAAGUUUAAGAGGAGAAACCUGGAGAAAAAGAACUCGAGGACCUGCGCUGAUCACCUUGUCGACGAGAAGUGGGAAUGUUCAUGGUUCUUCCUCCUCUGCUGUUCAUUUCUCCUUCUCUUCGUCUGGUCCUACUUCUGGUUGGAGGCUCAAAAUGACUACAACGAGUUCAACUGUCAGAUUCUUGCACUUUGGCACAUUGUACUGGGACAGCAGCUUAAUUUGUACUGGAUCCAUAAGAUUGUAGUUCUGGCUAUUCUGCUCACCACCACAACAGGAGUGGUGUUCAUUGACGAUUUCUGGCAGGACGAAUGGGACAUUGUCAUAAUUUCUCUGCAGUUCACAGGGCCGUUCUUACACAUCGGGGCUUUAGCUGUGGUCACAGCAUUAGGUUGGGUCAUCGCCGGUCAGGUGGUCCGCGUGGAAAGAUCAAGACUCCAAGUUGUAACACUGGUGAUUUAUGUGAGCCUUCUCCUGGUUCUCUAUCUGGUUCCCCUCUUCAUCUCAUCUCCCUGCAUCAUGGACCGGUCCAAGCUUGGUCCUCGUCCCGCUGUCAUUGGCCGUCGUGGAGCUCCAAUGCUCGCUCCAGAACACACCAUUAUGUCCUUCAGUAAAGCGCUGCAACAGAAAGUCACUGCCCUGGAAGCAGAUGUUACCAUCAGUCUGGAUGGAGUGCCUUUUUUGAUGAGGGACCGCACACUCCGCAGGACCACCAAUGUGGACAAACUGUUUCCGGCCCGUCAGGACCACGACGCCUCGUUCUUUAACUGGACAGAAAUUCGCAGUCUCAAUGCUGGACUUUGGUUCCUCAGGGAUGACCCAUACUGGACAGUGCAGUACAUGUCUGAAAAAGAUCGCAACCGCACGGCCAAUCAGACGGUGUGUAGCCUCGCAGAGCUGCUGCGUCUGGCUGCUAGAAUGAACCGUUCAGUGAUUUUCAGCCUGCGGCGGCCUCCGCGCCAACAUCCCCACCACCAGCUCUGGGUCAGUGAUGCACUGAAGGUGAUUCAGAGAUCCAGCAUCCUACCAGAACAGGUGAUGUGGACGCCUGACUGGUACAGGAAGAAGGUGCGUGCAGCGGUUCCUCUCCUUCAGCAGACAUCAGAUGAGAAACUUCCUGUGGCUGAGCUGAAAGAAAGAGGGAUCAGUACUCUGACCCUGCACUACAGCCAGGCCAGAGCUCAGGAUAUCAGGCAGUUCUCUGGCAGUAAUGUGAGUGUGAACGUGUAUCCGGUGAACGAGCCGUGGCUCUAUUCACUCAUGUGGUGCAGCGGGGUUCAGUCCGUCUCUUCUGAUGCCCCACACAUCCUGAAGAAAGUGCCUAAUCCUGUCUGGAUCAUGAGUGCAGAUGAAUAUGGCCUGAUAUGGAUCACUUCAGAUUUAAUCUCUGUGGCAAUUGUCAUUGGCAUCUUCAUAUUUCAGAACUAUCACCUGAUCAGGUGGAAGAUGAGUGGCAUGCGCAGCUACAACCCGGAGCAGAUCAUGCUCAGCGCUGUAGUACGUCGGCCGAGUCGUGACGUCAACCUCAUGAAGGAGAAACUGAUCUUCUCAGGUGAGACUCAUGAGCACACAACUGUGUGGAGAUAA